AUGAGGUCGGGAGUGAAGGACGACGGUCCACAACCUUCGCCUUUCAAUAUCUUGUCUCUCACAGAUAAGCGGCAGUGUGCUGCAUCUGCGGUGCGACGAAGUGCUCACUGUCCGGAUCGCCUUUCCAACAGCAGCGAUAACAUCAAGAUGCCGUGGGAAGGGAAUAUCGCUCGUUCUCCCUUGUAUAAACCCCCUCCGGUCCCACAGGGCGUCACCCUCAUCGAGUACUUGCUUACCAAAAACGAUCGUCUGAGCCAAUUCGGGGAUCAGCCAUAUCUGACAGUUGUCGGGACGGAGGAAGACAGCACCCUCACGUAUUCAUUGGUCGAGCCUCGAGUGAGGAGAUGCGCGAGUGCAUUGAGGAGACGGGGACUGCGGCGAGGGGAUGUCGUCUGCUUCUAUGCCCCCAAUCACUUGGAGUAUAUUAUGUGCAACCUUGGAGUGGUGGCAUGUGGAGCCUCUGCUCUACUCGUUCCCUUCUAUGCUGGAGGUUCCGAUCCUUCUCCUACAAAACACCUGGAAACAUUUUGCAUGCGGGAAAAGCCUCGUUUUCUCUUCACGACGGCGGCUUUCUUCAACGAAGACGUUCGCGCUACGGUAAAGAAGUGCCCAUCCAUCGAGCAAGUCUUCACCUUCGAUCCCUGCAAUGACGACGGCGCCACCCCCGUCGCAGACUUCGACAAGGACGACGGAACAGAAUUCCCAAACCAGGCCGAGUUGAGUCCAUCGGACGUGGCCACCAUCUUCCUAUCUAGUGGGACGACAGGAGAACCGAAAGCGAUCGACCACACGCACGCUUCCCUACUGGCUGCUCUCCAAGGCAACAUUGAACAGACUCUGGUUGCAGUGACGCCUUAUCAUCUGGCGCACCUGAGCGGCUUCUUGGCCCACCUCAUCCUCCUUCGACAGGGCGGUCAUUGCAUCAUGGCUCCAUCCGGAGACGUCUCGGCGCUGCUCUUUUCGAUUCGCUUGCAGGCGGCGGCUAUGUGGUGCACUCCGAGGGAACUGGUUCGUCUGGCCAGAGAUUCGGAACUGACUCGGAAUUAUCAAUUGGGAUCCCUUAUUGCUCUCGCCUGUGGCGGGUCCCAUCUUGGUGAUGUCCUCUUAGACCAGAUCCGCGAGAAACUCCCUCAUAUCAAGUUGCACUUCCAGAUGUAUGCAAGUACAGAAUCCAUCAUGAUCUCGGCGACGCCACUUGGCAGGGAGAGGAAGAGAGGAUCCGUUGGAGAACUUACUCCAGCAGUUGAAGCCAAGGUGGUGAAGCCCGGAACGUGGGAAUGUGUGGGGCCGGGGGAAAGAGGGGAACUGUGCGUCCGCGUCCCAUACCUCAUGAAGGGAUACCGGGGCAAGCCCGAGCUGACGGAGGCAAGCGUACAAGAAGGAUUCUAUCGGACUGGGGAUUACGGCUGGGUGGACGAAGACGGCUGGGUCUUCUUGGUAGAUCGGGUGAAGGACCUCAUCCCAGUGCUCGGAUCCGACCAAACGACUGUCAUCUAUGUAUCCCCGUCGGAGAUCGAGGACUGCCUGUACGAACACCAGGGCGUGCUGAAGGUGGGUGUGGCGGGGGUGCCCCACCCCGAACCUGAUCAUCAUCAGAUCCCGAAGGCCUUCGUCGUCCCUGUUUUCCCUGGUUGCCUUACAGAACAAGACCUCAAGGACUUCGUUUCCAGCCGACUGAGUGCCGAGUGCCAGUUGGAAGGGGGAGUCACGUUCGUGGACGACAUCCCCAUGUCCAUGGCCGGCAAGAUCCAACGCAACGUGCUUCAAAGCCUUUGAUGGUCCUGUCAAUCCUACGCACCAAAAAUGUACAUGGGCUAACCCAUGAUGACCUCGUAUUCGAGUUAUUGUCCUUCACCCCUACGUUAUUUGAUCAUGGAAAAAUCAUUAACAAGUUUUUAACGUACGUUUCUUUCUAUCUCAUCAAAUAAAAUGAUGAAGAAUGUGGAGAA